AAAAACCACAACUAAAUUUACUAAUUAGUAUCAUUUAAAAUUACAGAAGAAAAUUAAUUCGUUGUAAAGUUAAUUACAAUUAAAGUGAAUAUGAAUUAUUUAGUGACUUUCUCCAUUCUCAUCGUUGCGAUCAUCAAUAAUGUCCAAUGUGAUCAAAAGUCCAUUGGAAAACCGAUUAUUAUUGGAGCUUCUCAAAUAACCUCAACCUUAAUUGUCUUGGAAAGUGUUGAUUUUGGUGCUAAUUACGUUAAAUUAAACAUGACUUACGAAGAAAAUGAAUCUGAUAAUUCAAUCGAAAAUUGUAGAUUAUCAGUGAAAAUUCAAGAAGAUUUUGAGGGCAAACCCUUUUGGACCCCAGCGGAUGAAUCUUAUAAAGUCCACUAUACUCGAAUUGUAUUGAGAAACAGGACCACUUUCAAAAUUUCGAUCGAAAAUCUCGAACCAGCUCGAAAUUAUCGCUUCUCGGCCGCUUGUACGCACUCAGAUAACGCAGUAACAAACUCGAAUGUCGCUGAAACGCUGACGAAACCAUCACCAUAAUCAACAUGGAAUCAGUUAAUCACUCGAUGGAAAUGCUGACGAUACACCAACGAAUCAUUGAUAGAACACAAAAGAAUAAGAUUUUUUAAUUGUAACUUGAAUUUCUGAAUAAAAACUUUAAUCUAUCAAUAGUUUAAUUUGAUAAUUCGAA